AGUCUUCCUCAAACCCACCUUUUCUUCCGCGUGACAAUGCUCAAUCAUGCAUAUAGUGGGUGAAGUGCGGUCCCUAUGCUCCUACUCUGACUUCCACUACCAUCAUAGAAAAACAUACAUUCAACCCCAUAUGCUGCCUAUAUAAUUUUUCUCUCACACAAACCCUACACAAAAAAACAUCGAAGAAAAAUGAAAUCCACCGCUAGAAACCUCCUUCUCCUCUUCCAAUUCUACCUCCUAAUCCAUUCUCUCUUACUCCUCCCGGCCGCCGCGGUCUCGCCCCGCGUAGGAUCGCGAUGCAACGGCUCCAUCGCCGAGUGCAGCGCCGACGAGAUAGAGAUGCUGAUGGAGUCGGAAGUCAGCCGGCGGUUUCUCGAAGAGAGGAAGCACAUCUCCACCGGAGCCUUGAAGCGGGACGAGCCGGUGUGCAACAGCGGCGGCCCCGGUAAGCCGUAUACUCGGAGCUGUGUUCCAGAGCCUUCUAACCCUCAUGAUAGAGGGUGUUCAAGUUACUACCGCUGUAGAGAUGAUCAAUGAAAAUCCUUAUAUUUUGUUUUUUUUUUU